AUGAAAGUCGCCCUGCUAGCGUAUGUGUUCGCUGUCGUGGCCAGUCAGCAGAUCCCGUUUUUUUUAGACACUUCAAAUGAGCUUCCGCUGCGUCCGCACUAUUCGUCCUUGGAUUCUAGCGAACUCCCUAUUGAUCUUUCUCAGUACAUGGAUAAUGUCGUUGUAAGGGUGAACCAAAGCGCCAAUAUUCUACACCAUAUCAAGAGCCGGGGUCACAAGAUUUGGGCACAGAAUUCCAAGGCAGGCACGGUUGAUGUACAGCUCCACUCUAAUGAUGCAGCAGCAUUUUUCGCCGAGAUUAGCGUGGCCUCUCCACAGGUGCUUAUAAGGGACUUGCCGCAAGCUAUAUUCGAGACAUUCCCCGACGAAAUGACGGUUGGAAAUACAGAGCCCAUUUUUGCCGCCCAGCUCACUCCUGGAAUGCUGGCUCUUGAAAAACUCCAUGUGCUGAGCGAGGUUUUCUUUAAGCAGUUCAGACCACUCAGCUCCAUCAACGCAUGGCUUGCUUUGCUCCAGCAAACCUAUCCGGACAUUAUCACUUUGGAGACAAUCGGCCAAACCUAUGAGGGUCGCCCGUUGCAGGUCGUGCAUCUUCUGAUUCCAAGCGACAAUACGUCACAUGAUGAAAAGCGAACUAUUGUGGUCACGGGAGGUGUGCAUGCACGCGAGUGGAUUUCGGUGUCAUCGGUGCUUUAUGGCAUCUAUGAGAUUCUCAAUCACUUUGAGUCGAACCCGGACAACUGGCGGGAGCUAGCGAAGUUGGACUUCCUCUUCAUUCCUGUUCUGAACCCAGAUGGUUACGAAUACUCGUGGUCUACUGACCGGUUGUGGCGUAAAAACAGGCAGCCGGCCGCCGGCAGUGAGGACAGCCAGUGCCGUGGAAUCGAUAUCGACCACUCUUACGAUUUUCACUGGACGCCGUCCAGCGACUCCAUCUGCGGUGAAGAUUACGCGGGUUCUCAUCCCUUUGAGGCAUACGAGCUGAAAGUGUGGGACACCUAUUUAAACAGGACCAACGAGGGUCACAAAAUAUGGGGAUAUAUUGACUUACAUUCGUACUCGCAGGAGAUCUUGAUUCCAUAUGCGUACUCGUGUGAACACCGCCCACGUGACGAAGAAAAUCUAAUCGAGUUGGCCUACGGCAUCUCCAAGGCCAUCCGCCUCACAUCCGGCAAAUACUACUCUGUGCUCCCGGCGUGCAUAGACCGUGACUCUGACUUGAUCCCGGACAUGGGUGCGGGAACUGCUCUUGAUUACAUGUACCACCAAAAAUCAUACUGGGCUUACCAAAUCAAGUUGCGGGACAACGGCUCACAGGGUUUCUUGCUUCCAGCCAAGUACAUUGUGCCUGUUGGCAAGGAGAUCUCGGCAGGUCUCAAGGUUUUCUGUAAGUUCAUCUUGUCUGAUGACUAA